CAGCGAGUGACAGCCAGAGCUCAUGGCUGGGGACACCGGGAUGGCCGGGAAGGGGGCACUGCUCCUGUGGGCCCAGACCCUCGGCCUCGCUGGUGCCCAGACCACCCAGCUCCUCGUGGAGCCCCCCUGGAGGCCGGCGGUGCUGUGGGACCAGGUGACACUGACCUGCCAGGGCUCGGGGACCGCCGGUGCCACCACCUGGUACAAGGACUGGCGGAGCUGGUGGCCGGAGGGACCCGACAGCCUCACUGUCACCGAGAAAGGCAUCUACACGUGUGACAGAGCCGACACCGGGCACAGCCCCUCCAUGAAUGUCUCAAACGACCCGCUGGUGCUGCAGGUGCCAGCGCGGGCCCUGCUGGAGGGGGACACGGUGACACUGCGCUGCCGGGGCUGGCAGGACAAACGGCUCACAAGUGUGUACUUCUACCGUGAGGAGAAGCAUCUGAGUGCGCCCCAGGCUGGGACCGAGCUGUCCCUGUCCCCCCUGCAGCUGAGCCACAGCGGCCGCUACCGCUGCGGGGGCUAUGUGGAGUCAAAGUGGAAGAAGUCAGAGCUGGUGACAGUGACAGUGCGCAGUGUCCCACCCUCGGGGGUGUCCCUGUCAGCGCAGCCCCCCGGGGGACAGCUGGCACUCGGGGACCGCCUGGUGCUGAGCGUUCUGGGGGCUCAGAGUGUGGGGGGCACCGGUGGAGUUGGGGGCCCUGCGGUGGUGCAGAAGUUUUGGGGGGUUCAGGAAUGCCUGGAGAGUCUUGGGGGAAUCAGGGGCCUGGUGGCUGCCAGGGAGUCCCAGGACAGCCCUGCCCCACCUCAAGAUCCACAAGUGACCAACGCGGAGCUGUCGGGACCCCCCGAGGGACAGCGGGACCCCCGUGACUACGAGAAUGUGCUGUGA